AUGAGCAAUUUUCCAGACUCUGCAUUACCGUCAUUGAGCAGGUCUUCAUUAGCUUUUAAGUUUCUCACCACAUUGCACUUUCUAUUUGACAGUAUAUCACUCAGUGCUUUCUUCUGGAAGUAAUAGAGAUCUUCCAACAUAUCCGAUUUCUCGACAUAGUAUGGAGUAUUUGUUGCUGGUUUCAUUUUUCAUCUUGUUUUUUCUUAAAAUUUAGUAUUUGUGUCUUUUUGGGGUGUUAAGUUUAUCUCCCAUCAUCACCUCUCCAUCCUCCUUCUCCAAAACGCACAUCAUCACAUCGUCUUUACAUGUCAGGCACUAUAGACAGAGCAGGUUUUCGCAUGAUGCAUGAUUCUAAAAGUUUUUCUAUAUCUAAUUCUUCUAAUUUUCAGUUACAAUUAUACUCCUCGUAAUGAUUCCUCUGAUGAACAAGAAGUACAUUCAACAACUUCGGAGUUGACUGAGAGAAACUCUUCGAUAUUAAACGGUCCGUCAGGUUCAUCGAUUCCAGUAAUCACCUCGAAUGGAAAUACUAGAGAUAAUUUUCGAAGGUCUUAUAAUAGAGCAAGCAAAAUCAGGAGAAGGAAUACUUAUAAUCGAAAAAAUCGUGGAGUACUCUUCCUUAAAAAUUUGUGUUUUAAUAUUGACGAAGGAGAUCUUAGAAGAAUUUUUGGUGGUUAUGGAAGGAUUUUGAACAUUGCUGUUCAUCGUAAUACAAAUGGUAACUCUUUGGGGUCGGGGGAAGUUGUCUUUAUGGAUAUAAGAGAUGCUUCUCGAGCUCAACAUGCUCUUUCUGGGUACAGAGGCAUGAUGAUUAAUAUUGUUCCUGGUUUGUAAGAUUUGUUGUUUAAGUAAUAAAAGGAUUAUUAAAAGAAAAGCAUUUUUUGUGUGUAUUUUAUUUAUUGCUAAAAUAGUAAUACGUAGAAUCGUGUCAGUGGAAUGUAUCAUUUAUAUCGCGAUAAAUAUUUUUCAUUCUCGCGUUGUACAUAUCUGUUUUGACUGUUAUGCUUUAAUUUUCAUUUAAAAAAUAUAGGCGUUUAUAAGGCAUACGAAAUUUCUGAAUAUCACAGUCAUAAACAGAUAGAUAAGUUGUAGGAAAAUAUAAUUCUAUUACUUAUAUUUAUUGCGUAAAGACAAUUACAUUGAAUAUAUAUUAUUUAUAAUUAGCGUGGUUCUAGAUAUAAAUUCCAUUUUGUACUAUACAAUCGAAAGAGAGGAGGGUUCUCAGUUCGCAAACCUUACAGUACUUAAUAUAGAUGCCUCUAGGAUUAUCACAAUUAUCUUUUAAAAGAGUCACGUAAAUAAAACUUUACGCUUCCUCGUUGCCAUGUUUUGGGUUUUGUUGAGCGACUUUUAUACAAAAAAAAAGAUUAAAAUUACUAAG